ACCGACGCGUCGCUCAUAGCGCAAUUUUCCCGCGCGAUUCCACAGCAUGUUUACAGCGUUUUAUAAAGAACCGGCGUGUUUACAUAAUUAAAUAAAAUAAGCUUGAUAGCUUGCCUAAUUAAAAACUGUGCAGUUAUUGUUAAAAAGUUCUCGUCGUGUCGAUUCGUUUUCCAACGGUGUUGCCGUAAAAUAACAGCAAAAUGGAAGCUAUUGAAAACGAUCAACGUUUGAAAAAAAUUGAGAAGGAGUACCUUGAAUUUUUAGACGAUGCAGAAGAUCAAGGUAUUUACUCCACAUUAAUCAAAAACAUGAUUGAAGAGAAGAGGUAUCGUUUAAUUGUUAAUAUGAAUGAUUUAAGAAGAAAAAAUCCAACUCGAGCUGCUGGAUUGUUAAAUGAUUCUUUUGAUGAAAUAGUACCCUUCAAAAGAGCACUAAAACAAAUGGUAGAAAGUUUUGAUACUGAAUAUGGCAAAGGUAACACUGAAUUUUUCAUUGGUUUUGAAGGAAGUUUUGGUAGUAAACAUACAACACCAAGAACUCUUACAUCAAGAUUUUUGGGUAACAUGGUAUGCGUUGAAGGAAUUGUUGUUAGAUGUUCAUUAGUAAGACCAAAAGUUGUCAGAAGCGUACAUUACUGCAAAGCAACUUCCACAGUUAGUGAAAGAGCUUAUAGUGAUUUGACAUCAUUUGAUGCUUUUCCUGCUACUGCUGUUUAUCCUACUCAGGAUGAUGAUGGGAAUCCAUUAGAAACAGAAUAUGGUUUAUCAACUUAUAAAGAUCAUCAAACUUUAACAAUCCAAGAAAUGCCUGAAAAGGCUCCUGCUGGUCAAUUACCAAGGAGUGUUGAAAUUAUAUUGGAUGAUGAUCUUGUUGAUCUUUGUAAACCAGGUGACAGAGUUCAAGUAGUUGGAAAUUAUCGUUGUUUACCUGGAAAAAAAGGUGGAUAUACUUCUGGCGCAUUUAGAACUGUUUUAAUUGCAAACAGUGUAACACAAUUGACAAAAGAAGCCACGUUGCAUAUAUCUCAUGAUGAUGUUACUCUAUGCAAAAGUCUAUCCAAAAAAAAUCCUCUCAACAACAUUUUUGAGCUUUUGGCUAAAUCAUUGGCUCCAUCUAUUCAUGGUCAUGAGUACAUCAAAAAGGCCAUCCUUUGCCUACUUCUUGGUGGAUGUGAAAAAAUUUUAUCAAAUGGCACAAGGCUAAGAGGAGACAUCAAUAUACUGCUAAUUGGUGAUCCUUCAGUUGCCAAAUCACAAUUACUUCGAUAUGUACUCAACAUUGCUCCACGAGCUAUAACAACCACAGGACGUGGUUCUUCAGGCGUAGGUUUAACAGCAGCUGUCACUGCAGAUUCUGAAACUGGAGAACGAAGAUUAGAAGCUGGAGCUAUGGUUUUAGCUGAUAGAGGAGUCAUCUGCAUUGAUGAAUUUGACAAAAUGUCAGAUAUAGAUAGAACAGCUAUACACGAGGUGAUGGAACAAGGCAGAGUAACCAUUGCUAAAGCUGGAAUUCAUGCAAGUUUAAAUGCUAGAUGUUCGGUACUUGCGGCUGCAAAUCCAGUAUAUGGUCGUUAUGAUCAAUAUAAAUCACCCAUGGAGAAUAUUGGAUUGCAAGACUCUUUACUUUCCCGUUUUGACUUGUUAUUUGUUGUUCUGGAUAAUAUUGACUCCGAUAUCGAUCAUAUUAUCAGCGAUCAUGUCGUUCGGAUGCAUCGAUACCGAAAUCCAAAUGAACAAGAGGGUGAGGCCUUACCAUUUAAUGUAGGUUUAGAUUAUUUGAGUACAAAAAAUCCAGAUUCAGAAGAGCAACAGGAAGAAGAAACACAAAUUUAUGAAACAUACGAUCCCCUUCUUCAUGGAAAAUCGCGGAAAAAAACGGAUAAAAUAUUAUCCUCACAAUUCAUGAGAAAAUAUAUUCACAUCGCACGUAUCAUGAAACCAGAAUUAACCGAAGAGGCACGUAAAACAAUCAUAGAGGAGUACUCGCGUCUGAGAUCUGAAGAUAACGUCGAAUCUGAUGUUGCGAGAACGCAACCGAUUACAGCUCGUAGUUUGGAAACUUUGAUUCGACUUUCAACGGCUCACGCUAAAGCUCGGUUAUCCAAGCACGUUACCGUCGACGAUGCCCAAGCAGCAAUCGAGCUCGUCCAGUAUGCCUACUUCAAACGAGUACUCGAAAAAGACAAGAAAAGACGAAGAAGAGCCGAGGACAGCGAUAACGAGGAUGACUAUUUUGAGAGUCAAGAGAGAACAAAACGAACCAGAACGACAAGUGAGUCCCAGCAAGAAACUGUCACGGAAACGGAAAGCACCGAAGUUGAUCAAAAUACUGAAGAAAUGGAAACAGAGCCAACCGUUUCUGAACCAACUCAAGAAUCAGAGCCAGUUGUUUCAGCUGUGACACAAACUGUUGAAAUUUCAAACGACAGAUACGUCGAAUUUAAAAGACUGUUGGACCCCAUUUUCCACGAAAGACGAGGCGAGGACUCUAUGAGUAUUUCAGAUAUUUAUACGAGUAUCAAUAAAAAAUCGACAGAUCGCUUUUCAAAGGAAGAAAUAGAUUCUGCUCUUCAAAAGAUGUCAGAAGAAAAUAAAAUCAUGAUCUCGGAUGAUCAUGUUUUCCUCAUUUAAAAGUAAUGUAGUAAUUAGUGAAGUGAUUUAAUUUUUGUAUUUUUGUACGACUAUGUUAUCAUGUAUAUU